GGCUAGUACAUUCUCAAGUCAUCGAUCAAAGAUAUUUAAUUUCUAAUUAAUAACUUCAAUCAACGAGUACAUAUUAUAAUAAAAAAAAAGAUCGAUCUACUCACCUUACCAAAGAUGAAUAUUACGCUCAUUAUUAGUGAAUUUAUUUGUGAUGAUAUGAUGUGUUGUCCAGUUUGAAAAUAAUAUGAGAGAGUAAUUUCUUGCUAUGAAAAUUGUGAAGAAAUCGCAACGUUGUGCCAUAGAUACCUGCAAUCUUCGAAAAUUUGGCCAAGGAAUAAUGUGACGCUACACUAACUAUGCCGCACAAAUCCACUGUGCACGAGCGUACACAAAUCAUUCAGAGGAAACAAUUCAUCACCCAAUCAAAAACCGUCUUUCCGCCAAAGGCAUCACUGUAACUGGGUCCCACGCCAAAAUAUCACGUACACCCAGGAUCCAUCAUAGUUUCCAUCCUUCCAAGUUCCAAACCAAUCUUCCACCGUCCAUUUAGCCAUCAACUAUAUUCGUGAUCAUCAGAAGUGCUCCACCCAAAAAGCAUCUUUUUCUUUUUCCUUUUUUUUUUUCUUUUUCCUUUUUCUGUUCCCUUUCUUGUCCAAAAAACAAUUCAAAAUCAACAACAAAUAUAAGGAACCCUGUUUCGUUUACAAACCCUAAUUCCCUUUUCUUUUUUUAUCUGAAAUUCCCAAAACUGUGAAGGCGCGACUAUGGCUGAUGAUGCGAAGAUGAACGGCGAAUUUUCUGAGGAUCAGAAGGUUGAUAUUGCCGGGGAUGAAGUUUCUGAGUACGAAUUGAAAAUCGCUGAGUUAUCUGACGAUUUGGCUCUGUUGGAGAAAGAGAAGAACCAAGUUGUCACUGAGAACAAGACUCUGAACGAUAUGGUACGGAAAUUGAAGGAAUCAAUCGACAGUCUGAGUGCUGAGAACGGGAAUUUGAAAGAGGAGGUGGAGAAACUUGGGGCGGAAAACAAGGGUUUACAGUCUGUGGCUGCUAGGGCGGCUGAAAUGGAAGGCGAUAUUGCAAAGAUGCACCACGAUUUGGCCGAUGCCAUGUCCGAUUUGCAGGAGGCGAAUGUGGAGAUUGAUGGUUUGAAGUCAAAAUUGAGGAGUUUGGAGAGUGGGGAGUCGGAGAAGGACUUGAGGAUAGAUGCUGUGGUUAGUGAGAGGGAUCUGUUGCUUAGCAAAGUGGCGCAUCUGGAAUCUAAAAUUGUGGAUAAGGAGAAUGAGAUUAGGGGUUUGGAGAGUAGGAUUGAGGAAUUGAAGGUCGAUGCAAAGGGCAAAGAGGGGCUAGAGAAGAAGGUGAAGGAUCUUGAGGCUAAAUUGGCAGAGAAAGAGAAGCUGAUUGUAAGUUUGGAAUUGGACAGUGAAGUGGUUGCCAAUGGAAAGAAGGCUGCGGUGGUGGAAGACCGGGAGAUCGGUGCUGCUGAUGGGAAGAAGGGGAAAGGAAGAUUUGUGGAUGGGUUGAAGAAGAUGGAAUGGCCGUAUGUAGCUGCAAUUUCUUCUGUCAGUACUGUGGCUGUGAUGGGAGCAGUUUGCUACAUUCAUAUCGCUAGGAGGAAGUGAAGUGGAUCGUGGAAGUAUUCGUAAGCAAUUAAUGACUUUAUCCCUAAUGUUUGAGUAAAGGGAUUGCUUCAAUUUUGUUAGAUAUGAUGAUUUUAUUAUCCCAGGAUUCCUUCUUAUCUAAGUUUUAGCAAUAUCUUGAAUCUUAAAUCGCCCAGUACCACUGUUUACUGGAAAGAAAAAAGUGUAGUUUUUUUUGGUCUGAUCGUUCUCUUUAGAUAUUAUCCAUAAAUUACAAGGAGUAGCUUAUUGAGACGACUUUAUUAUAUGUGUGACAUUGGUUUCACUGUUUCAAGCACAGCAGCAUUACUUGGAAUGAGCAUUUACUUGAACCUUGUGCAGAAUAUUUUGUGGUUAUAAUCCUAUUGUUGUGGCUUUUCUGAAUUGUUUUUUCAUUUUUUCCAAAAGUAACUGUAGAAAAUGUGGCCUUAUGUGAAAUUAAAUACCAAUAACAGAGUAGGUGUUGUUACACUUAGAAGAUAAUUUGUGCUGUAAAAACAAUCAAAGCUGUACUGUAUUGUGUCAUGUUGAUCAUUCACAAUCUUUUAUCCAUUGAAGUACAUUGGAAUGCAUGGUUUCGUGCCUUUUCUUUUCUUCUCUUUUCCAAUUUUGGUAAUUGCUAUCCUUCUGAAGUAGAAAAGGAGAUCUCCAAAUGCACACGGCACACGCCGGUCUGAUUGGGAAGUUAUUUUGAGGCAUAUAUGUAGGGAUGGAAUUUUGUCGACAAUUUCAUGGCUUUCACUAGGUCUGUAUGGACCUAGUUGUUUUGAAUGACUAGUAAUGGAAAAUUGCAGACAUUUGGUUAUGGUUACAACCUCCAACCAAAGAAACGCCUUGAAUGAAGCAGGGUAGGCCGCCUUGUUGACACGCUUUCAAGUUUCUUUCGUUUUCAGAUGCUUAUCAGAUUUAUGAGCAAAUUGUGUGAAAAAAGCAC